AUGGAUUCAUCAUCAAUGAAACACUUUCGUCGUUGUGUAACAUGUUUACUUGAUUUACCAGAUGAAAUAUUUCUUCUUAUAUGUCGUUAUCUAUCACCGGCUGAUGUUCUUUAUUCAUUUUACACACCUUCGAAACCUGAAAAUCGUCUUCAUCGUAUUAUUUUUGAUUAUUAUACAAAGAUAAAACUUGGCGGAAUAACAAAUAAAGAAUAUAUUUAUUUAUCAAGUUUAUUUUGUUCUUCAAAAGAUUCUCCUCGACUUCAAUCAUUGGUAUUAAGUAAUGAACAUGCUACUAGUCUAACACAACGUUAUUUUAUUGAUAUAUCUGCGAGUAUAAUUCAAUCAAUGCUUACCAAUUUGAAACAUCUUAAAUUAAUUGAUUGUUUGUCAGAAGAUCUUACAUUUCUCUAUAUUUAUAUUUCAAAUAUGAAACAACUGGAAUCUUUUCAUAUAACUUAUCGCAAACUUGAUGAAAAAACAAAUAUGAUUUUUUGUCAACGGUCUAAUGUAUCUAUUAAUCAAUUUUUAUUCGAUAAAAUACUACCUUCUUUGAACACUGUCUCAAUUGAACUUAAUGAUGGACUUAUACUAAAUAAAUCAUUAGUAUCUCAUCAUAAUCUUCGGCAUAUUAAUCUUAAUUUACAAACUAUUGAUGAUUUAUACAUAUUACUCGAUGGACUUGUACCAAAUGCACAAACUAUGAUUAUUAAAAUAUGCCAAUCAAGAAUACUCAAUUGUCUUCGUCCUAAAAAUACAUUAUCAUGUCCAAAAUUAAUUGAAUUUACAUUGUUGGAACCUCGUAUUGGAAUUGUUAUUGAUAAUAUAAAAUGCAUUCUUGGUUGUAUGCCAAAUCUAAUCAAAUUAACAUUGAGUAUUCGUGAUACACCAGAUUCAACAUUUUGUCGUGGUCCUCUGUUCGAAUCAAUAUUAAAUGAAGAUGUUCGACAUCUUCGUCAAUUCGAUUAUACAAUGACACAUAGAAUUGUUGAUAAUACAUUAAUUGAAGAUUUUAUUCAAUGGCCAAUGGAAGUUGUAUUUUAUGAAAAUGAAAAAUGUAAAUGGAUACAUAUUUAUUCAUUACCAUGGCCAUCAAAUGAUGAUGAUAAACGACGAUUACCUAUAAUCAAUGGUGGAUCAAAUCUAUCAGUAAGAUCAAAUGUUAAAAGAUGUGAAUAUAUGGAACAUGUUGUGAUAAAUAAACGAUAUGAAUUACUUCAAUUAAAAACACAUUUUCGUCGAGCUUGUCAAAUAACAACUUGUAUAUUAAUUGAUAUGAAAUUACCCAAACGAAUUUCUAAAGUUAUUCUAACAAAACAAAUUCAUACAAUUAUUCAACCUUCUGUUCGUCAUUUAAUUAUUCAAUAUCGUUUAACUUCAGAAAGAGAUAUGUCAAUACUUGCUUGUCAAUUUCCACAUGUUAAAUAUUUAGAAUUAUUAUUUCCAUUAGACAAAAGUUCAUAUAUUCAUUGUUUAAAAAGUCUAUUCAGCCGAGAUGAAAGUACUGAAAAGAUAUAUUGUUUUUGGUCUGAAUUGAUCAAUUUUUCAACAGAAUUGCGUUUUAAUCAAUUAGAUUCAAUUUGGAAUAAUCAAAGUUUUAAGGAAUGGAUUAUUCAAAAUACGGAUUUAAAAUAUCAUCAAUGUCCGUUUUAUGUUCAUUAUUCAAUUCCAAGAAUAUCAAUAUGGAUUUGA